CCUCGCCCGAAGCUACAGGUACAGGUACUUUCUGUUUAGAGUUUGUACUUUUUACAGCAUUAUCUUUUAUAUCUUGGCUUAACUUGUAUCAAAGAAGAGGGCUACAGUCCCACUGAACGAGCUAAGACUACUUCUCUUCAAGUGAGACCAUGGCUCAGUGGCAGGAGCUGCUCAAGUUGGACCCUUUGAUGCAGAGCAGAGUUUGUCAAUUGUACGAAGGGAAAUUUCCAAGAGAAAUCCGCCACUGUCUCUGUAACUGGAUAGAAAGUCAAAACUGGGAGUUAAUAGCAUCAGAUGAACCCACAGCCUGGGAGACUCUUCAAGCUCUUGGUUUAAAACUGGACGAACUGAAAAAUGAGUCAGUUCGCAACAGUAAUGUCCUGAUGGGGCCCGACUACUCAGCUAUGAAAGACGUUAUGAUGAAAAACUUUGAAGCUCGUCCAAAGGCUUUGGCUGAGAUCCUCUCUGAAUGCCUGAGGGAGGAAAAGGCCAUCUUGACUUCAUGUUUGAAAGAUCAGAAUUGCAGCACUGAGGAACAAAAUCACAAAGACCUGGACAACAAAGUCAAAGAAUUAAAUAAACAGACUUGGGAAACUGAGAAAGAAAUCAGGUCCUUGGAGGCGCUGAAUGAGAAAUUGGGGUAUAUACAGACGACAUGGGAAAGCCAAUUGGAAAAUGUGAAUGGACUUCCUCAUGAGGUAGUUCAACAGGAGUGUCUGAAACAAGCCAACUUCAUUGUCCAGACACAACAGGUGGUGGUGGACCAAAUUGUGAAAUCAGUAAAUCUUGCCGCCCAGAUCGUUCAGAGGUUGGUUUCCGUGGAGAUCCCUGAAUGGAAAUACAAACAGCAAAUGUCCUGCAUUGGAAAUCCAGUCUGUACCAGUCUGGAGCAUCUGGAGAAAUGGUUCAGUGGUGUGGCAGAGUCUCUUCUGCAGAUCAUCCAACAGUUGAAGAAACUGGAGGAGCAGAGCAGGCCUCAGAUCAACCCGAAGUGCGACUUGUCUCAAGUCAUACAACAAAUCAGCUCAUUCACCAAGAACCUGCUCAUUAAACUCAUGGAGAAUGCACUGGUGGUGGAGAAACAGCCUGUGAUGUCGAGGACUCACAGACCCUGCAUUCUCAAAACUAAAAUUAGGUUUACUGUGGCCCUCAGGUUUUUAGUAAAUUUGCCAAUGUUUAAGACUCUGCUCAAAGUCAAACCUGUAUUUGACAAGGACGUUGAAGAAGUCAGAACUAUAAAAGGGUAUCGUCAAUUUGUGUUCAUGGAAAAUCAAAGUAAAUGGCUGGAUGUUUACACGCCAAAUGGAGGCCUGGUGGCAGAGUUUGAACAUUUGUCUAUCAAGGAAGAAGGAAGUAAAUCAAGAUCAAAGGGAUCAAAUGAGAGUUCCAUUGGUGUUACAGAAGAACUACACAUUAUUAAAUUUGUCACCAAACUUCAAAUGCCUGAAUUGGAGUGUAACAUUGAGGCCAGUUCUCUUCCUGUGGUGGUUGUGUCCAGCACCAAUCAGAUCCCAAGUGCAUGGGCCUCUGUCAUGUGGUACAACCUCCUCUCUGUCACUCAACCCACGACUCUGUCCCUGUUCUUGGACCCUCCUCCUCUGUCCUGGGAGCAGCUGUCCCAGGCUCUGAGCUGGCAGUUCAUUUCAGCUGGAGACAGAGAGCUCAAUCAGGACCAACUUAAUGAACUUAAACUCAAAAUUGUUGAUGAUCCAGAUGAUCUUGUUUACUGGCACAAAUUUGCAAAGAAUGAAGGACCAUGGAUUUGGAUCGAUGGGAUUUUGGAUUUGAUUCAAAAACACUUGAGGGAUAUUUGGAGGGAUGGGUGUAUCAUGGGUUUUGUGAACAAAGUGAAAACCCAUCAGCUCUUACAGAACAAACAGAGUGGGAACUUCCUGCUGCGUUUCAGUGAGAGCAACAGAGAGGGCGCUAUCACCUUCAGCUGGGUCGAACACAGCAACAGAGAAGUGAAUGUACAUGCAGUGGACCCUUAUACAAAGAAGGAGCUGUCAGCCAUGUCUCUCCCCGACAUCAUUUAUCACUACAGUCUGAGAGCUCAGCAGAGCAGCAACCCCCUGGUCUAUCUGUACCCAGACAUACCCAAGGACAAUGUGUUUGGACAAUACUACACUACACAAGAAAACUCAGCACCAAUAAACAAAGAUGGUUAUAUCAACAGAAAACUCGUCGUUGUUUCAGACCGUCCCACUCCUCCCCCAUCUCCACCGAGCGAGGCACAAAUGGAUGUAGACACAGACGGUGUUAAGGGUCCUUGGUCCGUCUCUAGUGAGGAGUGGCAGGAGUUUUUCCCUGAUGCUCUGGACCCUACCAUAGCUCCGAAUCUACCACCUUUUGAACAAAUGUUUCCUUUCCUGACCAGUUUUGACAGCACAAGUGGAUUGUGAUUUCAAAUAUGGAAUUUCUGUCCAAAAUCCUAAUUAUAUUUUUAUACUAAAGUAAACCAAAAGAAAACAUUUUAAAUAAAUACUGUAAGCCUAUAUUAGGUUAUUAUCAAGUAGUAGCCUUAUACUUGGCUGUGUACUUUGUAUACACUGAUAGAAAUUGAUACUGCAGAAAUAUUCCUUAGAGGAGAACUUUUACUCAAGAGCUUUAUUUUAAGACAGUCUAAUCAUAAAGAACCAACUGUUGUAGCUGGAGCUACAGCAGGUGAGCUGAUUUGUACUCUCUCAAAUGACAUUAUACUCACAAGUUACUUGAAGCUAGCUAGCAUUAGUCAACAGUCAAACCAGCCUUUUUGUUGAAAAUCAAACACCUAAACACGACUAUGAAUGUUCAUAUUUUUUCAUAGUUUUUACUCAGGUGUGCAUUGUGUCACCAUGGUAACAGCUGAGCACUGUGUCAUAGACAUACAUGUGGACCUCCCACAUAGUUAAUACUAAUAAUGAUGCACAAUGCUGUCCUCAAAACCACAAUAGACAAUAGAGUAUGUGCAGUUUAUCUUUGUAAACAUGAAUGGAAAGCUUUCCCUGACUGUAAGGAUAAUUGAUUGACAUUGAAACAUUUUUCCAUGUUGCUAGCUGAGGUAAUUUUUAAAUUAUGUAAUUUACUUUUUAUUUAGCUUCUUUACUUUUUCAGAUUAAAAUUUAAAAAAAAUCUAACAUCAAAUGAUUGCCAUGUAUAAGUAAAGAUUUUCAGUCACUUGUCUAAAUAAAUAAAAUUGUCUGGACUAUUUUUUAUCAACAAGAAUUCUAUGUAGUAUACAUAGAGAUACUUAUUAGAGCCACCAGGGGUCAGUAAAGAGAUAAUUUAUCCCAUUUUAGACUGGAAAAUUGGAAACUUUCUUUCACAUAAAUAGUCUUCACUGGUUGUCUUGAUGUUUUAGAGAUGAUUGUAAACUAAUAAAUCUGUAUUAUGUGAGGUAAUGUCUAUCUACCAGUUUUGCUGUGGAUAAACAAAUUAGGCAAUUCCAAAAAUGUAUACACCAAAUGUAUCACUUUAAAGCUGCACCAAGUUACUUUGGACAGUCUGCCCCCAGCUUGUUUCCAUAAAGAUGUUAUUACUUGCCUUGGAAUGUUUCCCAGCAUAAAUCUUAUAUGUAUCUAUAGAAACAAACAAGACAACACCAGCCCCAGUCACAAUCCAGAA